AUGCCUCCACAGUCAGGCACUGUUCUAGGAGGAAAGGAACCUUGCUUAGAUGCUCCACAGCUUUUCACCUGGGAGGAGAUAGGACUCCGAUCGGGCAAAGGGAACUCCAAGGAAGAGAGGUGGCUGGUCAUCAACCGGAAAGUCUACGAUGUCAGCAAGUUCUAUUGGCGGCACCCUGGAGGAAGGCGCGUCAUCAGCCACUAUUCCGGACAAGAUGCCACGGAUGCCUUCACCGCUUUCCACAAGGAUGAGGACCUAGUAAAGAAAUACCUGAGCUCACUGCUAAUUGGGGAGCUGGCACCUGAUCAACCAAGCUGUGAACCGACCAAAAAAGAUAUGCUGAUACAAGAUUUUCGUGAGCUGCACAGCACAGUGAAGAGAUCUGGACUCCUGAAGGCCAGUUAUCCCUUCUUCGCCUUCAUGUUCCUGCAUGCUUUCCUGAUAGACAUUGCAUCCUGGCUCGUCAUCUGGUACUUUGGAAAAACCUGGACCCCUUUCCUCAUUGGUGUAGCAUUGUUCACCAUUGCACAGAUCCAGUAUGGCUUUCUUCAGCAUGAUCUUGGGCAUGUUUCCGUCUUUCAGAAGCCCAAGUGGAAUAGACUGGCUCACCACAUUGUGGCAGGAAUACUUAAAGGAGGGCCCCCCAGCUGGUGGAACCAUAUGCAUAACCAGCAUCAUGCCAAACCCAACUGCUUCCGCAAGGACCCUGAUCUCAACAUGCAUCCACUCCUGUUCAGCCUGGGGAAGCCGCUCUCUGAGGAGCUUGGGAAGAAGAAGAAGAAAUACAUGCCUUACCAGCACCAGCACAAAUACUUCAUCCUCUUAGCCCCGAUGACUUUCGUUGUAUUUGUGCAGCUGAUUAUAAUACGCUUCGCAAUUCAGAGGAAAAAAUGGAUGGAGUUUGCUUGCAUUGUGUUCUACAACAUCCGCGUUUGUCUCAUGUUUGUUCCUUUAAUGGGAUUUAAGACCUUCAUGGCAUUCUACUGGCUGGCCAGGUUCCUAGAAAGCACUUGGUUUCUCUGGGUCUCACAGAUGAACCACAUUCCCAUGACUAUCGAUUAUGAUAAGAAUUUGGACUGGGUGUCUGCUCAGCUCGCAGCGACGUGCGAUGUGGAUCAAUCCCUGUUCAAUGACUGGUACACGGGGCACUUGAACUUCCAGAUUGAGCAUCACCUUUUCCCAACGAUGCCUCGCCACAAUUAUUGGAAGGUUGCUCCUCUGGUGAAAUCCCUCUGUGCUAAGCAUGGCAUUAAGUACCAAUGCAAGCCCCUGCUCACGGCUUUUGCAGAUAUAUUGCACACGCUGAAGGAGUCUGGGGAACACUGGCUGGAUGCUUAUAUCCACGCCUAAGGAGAGAGAGGACUUUGGGGACGAAUCGCCUCGGGAUGAACUGUGAUCUCCUGUUCUUCCUCUUCCCUGGCGCACACACCUUGAGCUGCUGAUCUCUGAAGCUUUAGGAAUUUGAGGUGGGGCUGGAGCUGAACUUGA